AUGGCGACCCGCUGCCAGUUCGAGAACUCCAACGAGGUGGGCGUGUUCGCCAAGCUCACGAACGCCUACUGCCUGGUGGCGCUGGGGGGCUCGGAGAACUUCUACUCGGUGUUCGAGGCGGACCUGGCGGACCACAUCCCGGUCGUCAAGACCAGCAUAGCGGGGACCAGGCUGGUGGGCCGCAUGACGGUUGGCAACAAGAACGGCCUCCUGGUGCCCGCGAGCACGUCGGAUCAGGAGCUCCUCCACAUCCGCAACUCCCUCCCGGACGAGGUCGUCGUCCAGCGCGUCGAGGAGCGGCUGUCGGCGCUGGGGAACUGCGUGGCGUGCAACGACUACGUGGCGCUGAUCCACCCGGACAUUGACCGGGAGACGGAGGAGAUCAUCGCCGACGUGCUGGGCGUGGAGGUGUUCCGGCAGACGGUGGCGGGGCAGGUGCUCGUGGGGACGUACUGCACGUUCACGAACCAGGGCGGGAUCGUGCACCCGCAGACGAGCAUCGAGGACCUGGACGAGCUGUCGAGCCUGCUGCAGGUGCCGCUGGUGGCGGGGACGUGCAACCGCGGGAGCGACGUGGUGUCGGCGGGGAUCGUCGCGAACGACUGGGCCGCGUACUGCGGGAUGGACACCACGAGCACGGAGCUGCAGGUGAUCGAGAGCGUCCUCAAGCUGCGCGGGCAGCAGCCCAUGGGCAUCGUCGGGGACAUGCGCAGCACGCUCAUCGACAGCUUCGCGUGA